CUCGCUCGUAGACGCGACGCGCGAAGUGAGACGCGAUGAAGACGCGCGAGUCAAGAAUAUAGCCGCGCGCGCGGACGCCAUGGACGAGCUCGAGACGCUACAGCGGGUUUUCGACGCGUGCAACGCUCGAGAUAGACUGCGCGCGAGCGUCGCGUCGGCGUCGGAGGUGGAGGAGGGCGAGAUUGUACUGAGCCAGCCGUCGCCGAGCUCGAGGACUCGGAGCCGCGUGAACGCGACGAACGGCUCUGGUGGGGUGACGCCGCUGCCCCCGCCGAGCGCGGCGUUGACGGUUCCGCGCCCUCCGAAGGCGCUCCCGCCGCCGACGUCGGGCAAGUUCCAGCCGCUGCCGGCGCCGGGAGCGGGCGCGAAUGGCGCGAAUGGCGCGAAUGGCGCGAACGCGACGAAAAAGCCGGCGCCGCCCAAGGCCCUUCCUCCGCCCACCACGAGAAAGUUCCAGCCCUUGCCACCGCCGCCGCACCAGGGUUUAGGUCGAACGCUCCCAAAGAAAUCGGCUCUCGCGCCGCUGCCGCCUCCGAACGCCGAGGUCGUCGUCGACCUCGCCUCCGAGGAGACGUCGGGCGCGAACGGCGCGUACGUGAAGCAGAAGACGAAGAACGCGGCGCGGCGACGCAAGAGGAAGAGGAAGAGGAUUGAGAAAUCCGCCCGGAACACGAACAGAGUCGCGCAGCGAGGUUCGGGCGAGCUCAUCGUGUUGGACGAAGACGAGGACGAGGACGACGCCACUCCGGGGAGCGCGGAAGAUUCCGAUACAGAGGACGGCGGCGGUCGCGGCGGCGCGAAAGAAGCGCCGCGGCCGGUGGAGGUCAUCGACGUCGACGCGUCGAUGCCGAACGACCCGCGCGCGCGAACGCGCGCGUCGGCCGCGGUGGCGCCGCGGGAACCGCCGGCGCGAAGACAAAAGCCGCCGAGCGCGAGGAAGCCGUCCGCGGCGGCGACGAAAGCCCUCCACGCGCUUCUCGACCGCAGGCGGCUGACGCUCGUGUUGGACCUGGACCACACGCUCCUGAACUCGGAGUCGUUCGAGUCGAAGGACGGCGGGCGCCUACAGCGGGGUCUGCUCGAGAUCGAGCGGUUGGAGUCGACGAAAGACUCGAACGACCGCACGCUUCAUCGCCUGAACCACAUCGGGUUGUGGACGAAGCUCCGUCCGGGGGUGCAGACGUUUCUUCACAAAGCGUCCGCGAUGUUCGAGAUACACAUCAGCACGAUGGGAAGUCAGCCGUACGCGGACAGCAUACGCCGACUGCUAGACCCGUGUAGGAACGUGAUAAAAGGCUCGGUGAUCGGUCUCGGCGGGUUCGACGAGUUCGGCGCGUUCAAAUCGCCGCCGCAGAAAAAACUCGAAGGCGUCCUCGCGGGCACGGAGCCCGCGGCGGUCAUCUUAGACGACACCGCGGAGGUGUGGACGGGAUACUCCGAAAAUUUGAUCGUGUGCGAGCGGUACAUGUACUUCCCGUCCGCGUGCAAGAACUUCGGCGUCGUCGGUCCGUCGCUCCUCGAGAGAGGCGUGGACGAGAGCGAGAAGUCUGGGACGCUGGCGACGGUGUUGGAGGUGCUCACGCGCGUGCACUCGGAGUUUUUCGCUCGCCGCGCCGCGCGCCAGGUUUUAGCCGAGAAACAGGCGCGCGCCGCCGCCGCCGCCGCCGCGAAGGCCGCCGCGAAGGCCGCCGCGGACGACGCGUCGAGCAGCGACGACGACGCGGCGCGCGGGAAACGGUCGACGGAGGGCGAGACCGCGACGACGUCCGCGGCGGCGGCGGCGGCCGCCGCCGCCUCGAGCGUGGACCCGCGCAUCCCCGUCACCGUCCCGAAGCUCCUCGCGGACGAGCGGAAGAACGUUCUGCGCGGCGUGGAGAUCGUCUUCUCCGGCGUGUUCGACCACAACGACAAGACGCUGACGCCCAGGGAGCACCCGCUGUGGCGGCUCGCGGAGCGUCUCGGCGCGAGAGUCGUCUCCGAGCCGGGGACGUCGACGACGCACGUCGUCGCGAAGUGCGUGGGGACGGACCUGACGCACAAGGCGAUGUGGGGGCUGCAGUACCUCAAGCACGUCGUCAGCCCGGCUUGGGUUGAAGCGUCCGCGAUGAUGUGGACGCGGCAGGACGAGGGGAGGUUCCCGGUGAAGCGACCGAAGUAG